UUCAUGACAAUAUGACAUAUAUUUUGGGACGUAUUUUUCAUGUAAUAUUUUUAACUAUUUUUAUUCGUAAUUUUAUUCUAUAUAUUUUAAUAAUUUUAAAUGAAUUUGAGACGUAUCGUAUCUAAAACUUCACUGAAAUCCUCUUUGAAAUAUAAAGAACAAUAUUUGGACGAGAAAUCAAAAUUAAUUUUUGAGGUUCAACUUCUUAGAGAAAACGUCGAAUAUCUAAAUAAACGUUUAGAAAAUCAGGAUGUGGCAAUAAAAAUUAUUUCCGAUGAGAAAGAAAAACUGAAUUUAGAAUUAAAAUCUGUGCAAUUAACGAACAGAAACUUGAAACAAGAAAUCGACGAUGAAAGAGAAAUACAUUUUAAAGAAAAGGAAUACCUACUUCGAGAAUUGAAGAAGUAUUCCACCAAACCAUUUUUACCAAAUGGAGAUUUAACGCCAAAGAACAUCAGUAUUUACCAUAUCAAAAAGCCAGAAGUUAAUAAUUUAGAUUUGUAUCAACAAGUGAAGAUUAAGGAUGAAGUGAUCUUCAAUAUUUGUAGGAAAUACAUGAAGAUAAGUUAUGCUAAGAAAUGUUUAAAAAAUAAAAUAUGCCUGUUACAGUCACAAACUGAAAAAAUGUGUGAAAAUAUUAUCUCCUUGCUACAAGAAAAUCAAGAAACUCUAGAUAGAUUGAUAAAUAAGUUACUCGCAUUAUCAAAAAUAUCUCAAAAUAGAAAAAAAAAUCUUAAAGAUAUUAAGUCUUAUGGGCAGCUCCACUAUGAGAACAUGCAACUUAAAAUUUCAAUUCUCUCAUAUGAAGCAAAAGAUAAUGUUAUUAGUAAAUCUAUAGGCAAAACAUCCACCCCAGAUUAUUUUUCAUCUAUAUAUUUUACUGAUUAUUCUAAGUCUGAGGAGGUUUUAAAAUUUAAACAUGAUCUAAAAGUACUCAAAAUGAAAAACCGUGGAAGUAUAAACUGUGACUAUUUAUUUCCAUCAAAGUCAGAUACUUGUUUAGGUUUAAAAUAAUAAUAAAUCAUUGAAACAUAUCGAUAACUUACUAUUUAUUUACAAAACAAGAUGAUCGUGAUUUAAGAAAUUUUUCAUAGAUUUAUGCAUGAUAUAAUCCAUGAUUCACUCGCUCACUGAUCAUCAAAAUAGAUCUGGUAAUUCUCAGUAGCUAAGACGAAAUUUGGUACAGGGAUAGGGUAUAAUGUCUAAUAUAGGAAUAUCGAAGAUCUAGACUAUUUGGUGAUCUUGAUGAGAAAGCGAAAGCCGUGCAAUUAUAUAUAUCAACAUACUGCCUUUGCAAAAUUUAUUCAGCGUGAUGUGGGAUGAUACUUCCUCUGAUGGAAACGUCGCCUUAACAAAAGUUAUUCAGUGUGAUGGACCUCUUGUA